UCUUGAAUUCUCUCCAGCGGGUCGUCGUGUGUUUUGGUAGAUUGAGAAAAUUCCCAAAAAGUUUCAAGAGUGCGCCUAACUGGCCAACCGUCACUAAAUUACAAGAUACAGCGUGUGUACACUUUUUAGUUUUACCGUGGAAUUGACCGCUCUUGUUGAAAAUGUUGUUAACGGAAGUGAAAAGGCUGAAAGUGGCCGAGUUGCGUGCUUUGUUAACGGAGCGAGGACUGGACUCCAGAGGCCUGAAGGCCGAGCUGGUGGUUAGGCUGAUCUCUGCGAUCGAAGCCGGUGUUGAACCCAUCAAAAGUGGAGAUGAGGGGGGAAAUGGUAGUGAAACGACGAGUGAAGAGCCGCGGAAGACUCACUCCCCGGAAUCUGAGCAGUGCGUUAGGACGCGGUCUCCAGUGUGCAUCGGUCCUCCUAAAAAGAGCAUGACUGCUUAUACUGACCAAAGUACACAGACUGACCCACUUCAGCUGUGCUCAUGCACUGCCCCAAUAGCCAUCGCGAAGGCCGUUAUAUCUGGAGAGGAGAGACAACAGCAGGCGCAUCCAGCCGCGAAUCUGCAUCCUGUCGCCUUGGCAACCGCUGCUACGGAAGAUGCAGAGUCAGGAUGCUCAUCAUCAGUCUUGGCCAUUUCAGAGCCAGAAGCAGCACAGCAGCAAGAGCAGUUGCUCCGUAGACUGUCAGAUGGACCUGAGACUGUGGACUCCACCCCAGACGAGAGCAGGGAGCUCAAGAGGCCUGUGGAGGAGAGAGGCAGAGAUUAUUACGAGUUCAAAGAGGACAUUCAUUACAACAGAGCUAAAACACCAGAGCUGCUGCCGGAGCCCGAGGAAGAAGCUGAAAUAGAUUUAGAAGAUGUUCGACUGGAUUCCUAUAGCUGUGACCUGCAUUUUGAGGUGGACUCUGAUGGGAGCAGCGGUCAGCCGCUCUUCUGGGAGACGUUCCCUCUGCUUUGGUCGGGGUGCAGGAUGAGCCAUGGAUUUUGUCAAGGGAAGGUCGGAUUCGAAGCCAAGUUUGUGAAGCGACUGUCAGCUCCUGCAUUCGACACAAGCUGUGACCCGGAUCGACAUGUGCUCAGAGUGGGCUGGUCUGUGGACAACACAAGCCUUCAGCUAGGUGAGGUGGAGCUGUCGUAUGGUUUUGAUGGACGGGGGAGGAUCGUAACUGGAGCAAAGGAAGAGGCGUUUGGUGAGCCUUUCACGGAAGGAGAUGUCAUCGGUUGCUAUGCAUUCAUCAGCGAGACAGGAGAGGCGACGCUCUCAUUUCACAAGAACGGACGCUCUCUUGGAGUGGCGUUUCACCUGAACUCUUCCACUCUCGGAGGUCAAGACCUCUUUCCACACGUGCUUUGCAAAAACUGCUCAGUUUCUGUAAAUCUCGACCCAGAAGCUCCCUGGCAUCCUUUUCCCGCUGGUUUCUGCACGCUGCUCACGCUUCCUCACGCUCAAAGGACUCGUGCGCUUUUGCCGACAGCAUCCAAAAGUGACUGUGAGGUGUUGAUGAUGGUUGGUUUGCCGGGUUCUGGUAAAACCCACUGGGCUCAGGCUCACAUGCUCCAGAACCCAAGGAAACGGUACAAUCUUCUGAGUACAAACUCCGUCUUGAACUGCAUGAGGGAGCCUCCUGGAGCCAAUCACAGAGAGCUGAUGCUGCAGCAGGCCACUCAGUGCGUCAGUCAGCUGAUCAGAAGAGCUGCAGCCAAGAGGAGGAACUACAUCCUCGAUCAGGCCAACAUUUAUCAAUCUGCCCGGCGACACAAGAUGCUGUGUUUCCAUGGUUACCAGCGAAGAGCGGUGGUGGUUCUUCCACCUGAUGAGGUGUGGAGAAGACGUCUUGUACAGCGGCAAGAGCAGGAGGGCACGGCCCUUCAGGAAACGUCUCUUCUCAAAGCCAAAGUGAGCUUCACGCUGCCGGAGCAGGGAGAGCAUCUGGAUCAGGUGAUGUUUGUGGAGCUCAGCUCCGACGAGGCCCUGAAGCUCUUAACGCAUUAUAAAGAGGAAGCUCGCCACCUCCUGCCCACACCUCCCAAACGCAAAAAACACAGACGAGGAAGUCAAAACCGCCCCGUUCAUCAGUGUGGAUGGAGAGGAGGUCCAUUCGGCUCACACUAUACAUCCCAGAAAGCACAGGGUCGCCAUCCAUCUGCCUUGUGUCGCUCUUACGGAUGCAGCAGCGACCCACAGCGAUACAGGAAUUAUUACAGACCGUACACUGGCCAGUGGAGCUCGUCUGAGCAAAACCAGAGUCGUUAUGGCAGUGUGUAUUAUGGCUGUUCGAGUUAGAAUCGUUCUGAUAAUCCCAGAACUGAUAAACACCCCAAUCAGUGCGUGUUUCACCUUUACAAAAAUAAUUGGUUCUGUCUGUGUAAUUUCAUUAGCAAAGGUCAUUGCUUAUAAUGAGGAGCCAGCUUGAGUACCAGAAGGCAGUUUGUUUUUAACAGGUAGCUAAACCCAAAAACUCCACAUUCUGUCAUCAUGGCUUUUUUCUGUGGAACACAAAAGCAGUUGUUCAGAAUGUCAGCGCUGCUCAUACAUAGACGGUUAUGUUUAUAUUCAUCUGUUACAAUUAUCAAGGACUGUUAAAAUGUAUCUUUAGGGAUGUUCUUCUGAAUUUGAUACAGUUUUACUCCGCU